CUCAUCUGCCCCCAACCUUUUUUUCUCUCCUCUCUCACACCAGUACUGUAAACAAAUAUAAUCAUUUAUCAAAAAAUCCGCACACGUGGAUCCCCUGAAAUUCUCAUCAUUGCUCCAUCAUCGAGCAUUAAAAGAAGAGUGUGCCGAGAAAAGAAGGACUAUUCAAGGUUUCCUCCGAGAAAAUCGGAAUAAAAAAGUGCUGCGUCUGUCUGUGUGCAGUGUACACAUACACACGUGGAACCUUAUUGCUGGAGAAAAGGAAGGAUUUUUUCUUUUCCAUAUAUAUCGUCAUGUAUUCUGCCUCCGAAGAUGAUGAGACGGGUUGCUGCUGGUCGUCGUGGCGCUGGGAUCAUGAUGACGCUGAGCAGUUGCUCCAGUGGCUCAAGGAGAAGAACCGGCGUCUGGAAUCCGCAGUGGAACGGCACAAACGGAGAAGAACUUCUUCUGCUUCAAUGACGACGACGAGGUCACGGGUUGACGUCACCAACAAUGAGCUGCUGCUGAGUGUGACACUCCCUGCGUGUCUGUCCUCAACACCUUCUGAUGAUGAACACGUGAUCAUCACCACCUCUCACGCAGCAACACGGGGGUCGAUGAGUGACAUGACCUCACUUCUGCUCUUGGGUUCGUCGUCUUCUUGCGAGUGCACAGAUUCCAAUCACCAUCAGCACUUUCGUCGGGACGACCCCUCGGGCAACCCUGAAGAUAUUCCUGACGAUGAUGCAUCCAGAAUAAGAGACGGCCAUCAGCAGAAGAAUCCGGAAAUAGACUUCCUCGAAGAUUCGACCGGAUCCUGGGGCUUCCGAGACGCCCUUCCUCAUCCAGAUGAGAGCUCGGAUGAAACUCUGCUGAAUAAAACAGACUCGAAAGAAGUCUUGGAGAUGCUGGAAGACGCCGACGAGUCGCUGAUGAUGGACCCGAACUCCGCAGCAUCAGUGCUGGCCCUGGAUGAUGACGACUUUUGUUCAUCCAUGUUUGGACAGAAUGCAGAUUCUACUCACAGUUCACCAGCAUCCAGCAGCACAAGCAACAUCAGCAGCAGUCACCAGCACCUGAUGCAUCAUGAGCAGGUUGUUGGUGGCACUCCCAAGAGGAAAUCCCUGGAGGCCAUCACCAACAAGACCAGGGCAAUCUGCAGCAGCACUGGACCCCGCCACAGGCGAUUUAUCCCAUGCCAGGGACUACAAGAAGAUCUCAGUGACAGAAUGGUUGAGGUCAGACAAAAGCUGAGCCAGAGCCUCAAGGCAGCCCUGCAUGCCAGGCAGUCAUCUGAAGCAGUCUUCAGCUCUUGUCAACAGAGCAUCCACAGCACAAUAAGCCAAGCAAGUGCAGAUCACUUCCAGCAGCAGCAGCAGCAGCAGCCCCCCACUUCAUCACCCACAUUUGCCACAGUCAUCAAGAGCAGCUCAUCACCCAAAAAGAAUCCCCCAGUUCUCCCCAGCAGCAGCAGCAGCCAGACAAAGAACAAUAAUAUUCAACCAAGGGCAGUGUCUGAGAGUCAACACAGACUGGAUCUCAUCAAGCGCAUCAUUGAGCGCUGCUCAGAAAGCGACCAAGUUCCCUGCAAUCAA